AUGCCCUUCACCACUCAGCGCCCGCAGUCCCCCAGAUCCCCGAAUUCCCCGAGACCAGCAGAAGCUGGGAUGCCUCAACCGGGUCACCCCAGAGAGUCCCGUGCCUCGGCGUAUACCUCCUGGAAGCAACAUGAGUCAGUAGGUAUAGAUCUUUCACAUGUGCCCAGAGCUGCGUCAACCCAUGAUAUCUACGAGGCACUCAAAAAGGAGGGCAGCAUCGUGAGAAUUGAUCUCUACGACACCUCCGAUGGCCGCUCAACCACCCGAGGGUUUGUGCGCUUUAGCCCCCCUCCUGAACUUGAUUUCUGGUCCGAUGGCUGCUACGAAGUGCCCCUCCGCAAUGGCCCUGUGGUGCUAAUCGGACUCGGCUUGAAUCACUUCUCAGAUGGCGAGACUAUUCCCAGCCCAGUUCGCUCGCAGGUUCAGAUUCCAGCCCAGAAUGAGCUUAUGACUACCAAGGUUGACAUUGGCGUGCUCGUUGACAAAACGACUGUUCAUGCCAUGCAAAGCUUUGACCAAUCGUCGGGUGCCAGGUUUGUCGUUGACGUUCUGCGCAGAUGCCUUUAUGUCUACUUCAAAGUGGGCAUCCGCUCAAAGGCCGGUGACAUGUCUCUGCAUGACUAUCGAGUCAGGUUUACCUUCCUCCAAAUGUCCCAAAUCUUUGAGCAGUACGACGCGGCUACAGGGCAGACAUCCUUUCUGAUAAUUCUGGACUCCUCUCCUAUUUUUCACCGAAGGCUGAAAAACAUUUCUUCUUCGUUUAACGUGCUGAGAAACUGGAGAGAGGAGGAUGUCUGGUAUCGUCAGACAGCUGUGCGUCGCAAUCCACAUGUCACCGAAACCUCCAGCAACAACCUGAAGAAGUCCGGACAUAUAAUUGAUACGGGGCGAUGGAACGUGUUCAAGAUUACGUUUGCAUCUGAACUCAAACAAUACGGGGAAGCUCUAAAGCUCACUCGAGCCAUGCUGAAAGACUACAACAUCUCCAUUGAAGAUGGGAACCAUUUUACCGAAAGAAAGAUCCGGCCGCUACCAGUGUGGCACUGGAUUGAUCACGUUGGUCCUCAAUCGAGCAAGGCGUCCUUGUUCCUGCUGGAGGACAUGGGGAAUGAGAACUAUGUCCACCUUCACAUCUACGUUCGGUACCAGCUUGAAGUCUGCAUGUCUCAUGGAUACCUCUCCGAGUUUACAAUGACUCGUGAGUUUAUUGAGAAGUUGAGCAACAUGAAAACAGACGAGGCUCAAAGACUGCUAGAGCACGUCGCUACAGAGAAGAAGAAAUACUUUAAUUCAAUGGAAAUAUUUGGUCUGAAGGCCCCCAAAGGCACAGCCGAUACCAAAAUCCCGGAUUAUUGUUGCUUCAUGCGCACCGCACGAGUCACUCCAUCUACCAUCUACUACAACACCCCAUCCGUGGACGCCUCCAAUCGCAUCGUGCGCAAAUACUCUGAGAUGGCUGAUCAUUUCCUUCGUGUACGGUUCACGGACGAGAAGACGGAAGGUCGCAUCAACUCUUCGAUGAAUGAUAACAACGACGAAGUCUUCACCAAUGUUAAGAGGACAUUGUCAAAUGGCAUCACCAUUGGAGACCGACACUAUGAAUUUCUAGCGUUUGGCAACUCUCAGUUCCGAGAACAUGGCGCUUAUUUCUUUGCCAAGGGAGGACCCAUCACAGCGGCUUCAAUCCGAGCCUGGAUGGGCCAAUUCAAUCACAUUCGAAAUGUGGCCAAGUAUGCGGCAAGACUGGGACAGUGUUUCUCGACUACCCGUGCCUUUUCUAGCACUAACGUUGAGGUUGUUCUGUGCGAUGAUAUUGUUCGUAACGGUUACACAUUCUCAGAUGGCGUUGGAAAAAUAUCGAAAUUCCUUGCGCAAAUGGCCAAAACCGAACUAAAUAUCAAGACUCCAACUCGACACCUUCCAUCAGCCUUCCAGUUUCGUCUCGGGGGCUCCAAGGGAAUGCUUGUUCUUUCACCUGAUCCUCGCCCUCGGGAAGUGCAUAUUCGCCCCAGUCAAUACAAGUUCAACGCCGAGCACAGUGGAUUGGAGAUCAUUCGCUGGUCCCAAUUUUCCUUUGCAACCCUGAACCGCCAAAUCAUCAUCGUCCUUUCUGCUCUGGGGAUCCCAGACAGGGCCUUUUUGAGUAAGCUCGACUACAUGUUGAGCAGUUUCAAUGAUGCCAUGAAGGACGAUCAGAAGGCAAUCGACCUACUACAAAAGUGGAUUGACCCAAACCAAAUGACCCUCACGAUUGCCCAGAUGGUUGUAGAUCGCUUCAGACAAGCUGACGAGCCAUACGUGUGCACCCUUCUUGAGCUAUGGCGAGCCUGGCAUUUGAAAUAUCUCAAGGAAAAGGCAAAAAUCACUGUUGAGAAAGGAGCUAACCUACUAGGCUGUCUGGAUGAGACGGGUGUCCUCAAGGGCCAUUUUGAAGACAAAAUACCUGAGGACAACGCCCCACACGAAGAGAGACUGGCAGCUCUUCCUGAGAUCUUUGUGCAGAUCUGCCGCUGUGAAAAACAGGAAGCCUCGAAAGAUGCUGAGUACGAAGUCAUCGAGGGUGUCUGCAUCUUGGCUCGCAAUCCCUCUCUCCACCCUGGCGAUAUCCGUGUAGUCCGAGCAGUGAAUCGACCUGAGCUGCAAGAAUAUCGUGACGUGGUCGUGCUUCCCCAAACUGGCGAUCGAGAUAUUGCAAGCAUGUGCUCAGGAGGUGACCUCGAUGGCGACGACUACCUUGUCAUUUGGGACCCAGAUUUGAUUCCAGCUCGAUGGUUUACGCAGCCCAUGAACUACACCAGUAGGAAAGCCCCAGACUUUCCUCACGACGUGACAGUUGAUGCGGUCACUUCCUUCUUUGUCAUUUACAUGAAGAAUGACUGCCUUCCAACAAUUGCACAUGCCCAUUUAGCGUUGGCUGAUUGGCUUCCAAAGGGCGUCAUGGAGAAUAAAUGCCUUCGUCUGGCUCAGCUUCAUUCAGAUGCUGUUGACUUUAACAAGACGGGUGCUGUUGCAGUUAUGACCAAGGAUUUGAGGCCCAACAAGUGGCCACAUUUUAUGGAGAAGAGGCACGUUCCGCAGUCGCGAAUUUACAAGUCUAAGAGAGUCCUGGGCCAGCUGUACGACGCAGUACAUGUCCCUGCCUUUCUUCCCAAUCUUGAGAAACCAUUCGAUGCUCGGAUCCUGAAUUCCCUGCUCCUUGAAGCGAGCGAGGAAUACAUGGUCUAUGCCAAAGAGCUCAAAGAGGAGUAUGACAUGGCCAUGCGACAGAUCAUGGCCCAAUAUGAGAUUGAAACUGAAUUCGAGAUCGUCUCGGGCUUUACUCUCCGCCAUUGCUUCCCGGGCAAGGACUACAAGAUGCAAGAAGACAUGGGUCGAAUCUCAUCUGUUCUCCGCGGGGGAUUUCGCCAUCAGUGCUACAACAAAGUCGGAAACCGUGACGGUAACAUUGCUGCCUUGGUGCUCGCCAUGUACCGUGUGACCCAUCUGAAUGCAGCAUUCGAGGCUCAGCGACAGGAAGAAACUUUGAGAAAGGACCUCUCAAAUCUCGACGUGCCAUCAACCAAACUUCCACUCAUCAGCUUCCCCUGGAUUUUCCCUGAAGUUCUCGGCAAGAUUGCAACGGGCAAAGUCAGGGAGCGAGCAGGGCCAGAAGAAGGCGCUGCUGGUGGCCUUCCAGUCAACUUUGGAGGCAAUCUAAUGUUCACAUACAAGGAAGCCCAAAAUGCCUCCGAAGCCAUGAAUGACCAGAGCGGUCCAGAAAUGAUGGAGCCUGUUAACAAUGCUUCAGAUGCUCAACUCCCAAGUCCAACGGGCUCCUGGGAGCCAUUGGUGGAGUUUCCUGGCGAAGGAAUGGCCAGCUUUGAGGAUUCCAAUUCAGAGCCAUCUUUCGAUGAGGCUACGAUGGCCGAUCUUAGGCAGUUUCGGCUUGCGAAUGGGAAUGGGAACCACGUUCGUGAAAGCCCGCGAUCAUUGUGCUCAAUAGGCUCUUGGUGUGAAUUGGUUGAGCGCCGAGACGAGCUCUCGAUGAAGGAUGAAGAACGUGAGGAUGGGGCUUGCAUAAAGGAACCCGUCGAGAUUGAUAUGAUUGAAGAUGCUGAGAUGAAGGGUAGCUUCAAGCCUAAUCCGCUUGAUGAGCUACUCAGCAUGCUUGGCUAA